AUGCAAGAGGCCGGUAAAGAGCCCUUUGGUGGUGGAAACCCAGCGGAAGCUGAGGAAUUCAAUGGCGACCCUCAACGUUUCUUGGCCACUUAUCUUCCAAGCGAUGUCGUUUUUCUGCAAGAUCACAUUCCGGAACCAGACGUGAAUAUCGAUAUUCCACCGGCAGAAAUGGAAAGUGACCCAGUCCAGCCUGUGGAUCCUGUUGAUGUUCCGGAUGCAAGCUCCAAUGUCGAGGCAAUCGUUCCCGAAAACCUCGAAAAUAAGAUU